GUUGCUGUUUGCCGUGGUCGGAACCAUAGGGAAGCAUUCAGUCGCGCAGCGGAGAAUAUUAAGAGAUACAUUUUGAUAGUCCGCUCGCGUGCCGUUGUAAUUCAUGGCUGACUUCUUCAGACUGCAUUCGUUACCCGGCAUCUUCCUGCUCUUUUUCGUGAUCCAAGCAUCCCACAGCAAACUUUUUAUACGCCGGAACCGGCGACCGAAUCCCGGUCAAGGGGACACCACCGGUUUCCGGGCAAUCGCUGGCGGUGUUCCGCUGCAAUCCACCUCGUUAGUCGACACCGGAGGCCGAUCGCGACCAUCGAAACAGUGCGGGCAACCCGGUGACGGCAGCGUCGAUCCGUUCGGGUUAAACCGCAGCCCGGCGACACGCAGCCGGCAACGGGAGAUCUUCGGGCGCCGGCGUACCGCCAGCAGUCCGCGGGAAUGGCAGCCGGAAGCGGAGGGACGGGUUCUGGGUGGGGCUGACAUAGGCCCGAACACCGCCUGCUGGCAGGCGUUGCUUGUGGCAACGGGAAGCGCCGGGCAACAGCAGACAUGUGGCGGGGUCAUAAUCGGCAGCCAAACCGUGCUCACAGCGGCCCAUUGCCUGCUUGAUAACACCACAAGGCGACAACUGCCGGCUGCUAGCGUUGUAGUAGUCAUAGGCGCCACGGCCAGUGCACCUUCCCUUGGCACCGCAGACCCCAACGGCUGCACGGAAACGUUCGCUGUGUCCACCAUUACCACGCGCCCGGACUACGACGACCUCCUUAAUGACAACGACCUGGCGCUGCUACUCUUGGCCGCUCCCAUUGCUAUUGACCGGAAACCUUGCGCUUGCACCCUCUGCCUGAGUCCCCGGGAACCGGUUGUCGGGGACACGUGCGCCCUUACCGGUUUUUCAGCGGAAAAGGUCGAUCCAACCGUGACCCCGGCGACGUUGCUGAAAUGGGUGGCACAGACCGUGGUAAACCAGACCGACACCGUCCUGUGUCCGACCUUCACGGAUGGGACCCGGCAGACCAACCGCAGCCGGAACAUCUGCACCACAGCUCCGAUUGGACAGGGUUCGUGCCAAGGAGACGAUGGUGGUCCACUCGUCUGCUGGGAUCCCACCGGCAGUCGGUACUACUUGGCCGGUAUCCACGGCUUCGACUCGGCGUUCUGCGGUACCGGUCUCGGCAGCCAGAACACUAAGGUGGCGCCGCAUCUCCAGUGGAUCGCCGACAACGCCUUUCCCGGCGACGUCCCGAUUCCCGGGCAAGCGACACCGGUAUCGGUGACCACAAAACCAAGAGUGUUGCAUCAAGCUCCCUUCCGGCAAAGUCUCGACACCACCGAAUCCUGCGGCCUGAUCGGAAACGGGAUAACCGACCCGUUCGGCAUCGAGAACCAGCCGCGCGGGAAGACGGUGUUUGGGAAGACCGCUCCUUCGGCGUUAGAGACGGCCAAGGUCAUGGCCAUCCGCCGUGGCGGGCCGAAGCGCCGCCGUGACUCGCGCAGUGACGGGGCCCAUCUCGAGCCGAGGAUUCUUGGCGGUCAGGACACGAAUACCAGCAUAAUUUGCUGGCAGGCCUUCGUGGUGGUCGACCAAGGCAACGGGCAGGAGACGACUUGUGGCGGGGUCAUUAUCGGGCCGCAAACCAUCCUGACGGCCGGCACGUGUAUGGUCAACAGCGGCGGCACACCAAUGCCGGCGUCGGCCUUCUCCGUCGUCGUCGGCGCGGUGGACAGUACCGCCCCGGUAUCCGACAGUCAGGAUACGUCGGGAUGCGCCCAGCAGUUUUCGGUUCAAACGGCGUUGAUCAAUCCGGGCUACGUGUUCGCCAGCGAUGAUAACGAUAUCGGAAUACUGACGUUGUCCACGCCCAUCGAUCUCGUCAACAAGAUCUGCGCCUGUCCGAUCUGCCUGACCACGCGGGUACCGGCCGACAACGAGAUCUGCGUCAUUAGCGGUUAUGGAUCGGAAACCAACGGCAAUCCGCUUCGUACUGCGAUUCCCUUGAAAUGGGUCACCCAGAACAUCGUCCAGCAAGAUAGCAGCUGUGCCAAGUUCUGCGCGGGAUCUCUUUGUACCAAUGUCACUAACUACAUUUGCACGAAAGGCGGAGCUAAUAAGGACCAGUGUCUUGGAGACAACGGCGGUCCGCUUUUCUGCUAUAAUCCUUCCGAAGGCAACUACUACCUGGCGGGCAUUAUGGCCUUCACCUCGGAGACCUGCGGUGCCGGGCAGGGCGCCCAGAACACCAAGGUGUCCCUGUAUUUGCAGUGGAUCGCCGACAACUCUCUCCCUGGUGACGUCAUCUUCGACACGACUGCCGUGGUCACCUCUGGUACCCAAGCAACGACCCUCGGGACCACUACAGUGGCCUCGACUCCGACUGCGACUGCGCCGGUCUCGACUGUGAGUGGCGCCACCGUCACCCCGGCUCCCGUUCCCAGUGGUCGGGAACCGUGCGGGAUCCCCGGGAACGGGCAGACGGACCCUUUCGGCAUUGUCAACCAGAGUCGGCUGAAACAGGCAUUAGCAUUCCACCCGGCCGGUGUCUCUUCUUUUAUGGGUCCCCGGCGGAAGGAACCCAAGGCCCGCCCGAUGCGCCGGGACUUUUCCGAAGCGAUGGACCCGUUGGCGCGAAUCAUUGGCGGGACAGACACCACGCCGACGCUGAUCUGCUGGCAGGCUUUUGUGAUUGUCAACCAGGGCAACGGUCAGGAGAUCACAUGCGGCGGCGUCAUCGUCGGCCCGCAGACCAUCCUGACGGCGGCUACUUGCAUGGUCACCAACAACGGCGCGUCUCUCGUCGCGGCGUCGGACUUCAGUGUGGUGGUGGGCGCCAUCGACAGCAAUUCACCGGCCUCCGACACCCUGGACCCGACGGGCUGUGCCCAGCUGUUCACUGUCCAGGCGGCUGUGACCUAUCCUGGAUACGUCUACAGCACGGAUGAUAACGAUAUAGGUCUCCUGACACUGUCGACGCCCAUCGAUCUGGUGAAUAAACCCUGUGCUUGCGCGAUCUGCCUGACGGACCGCGUGCCGGCACUUAAUGAGUCCUGUGGAAUUAGCGGAUACGGAUCCGAGACCAACGCUGUAACCCCGCCGCGUAAUAUUAUCCCCCUGAAAUGGACGACACAAAAGAUCAGCGUCCAGGAUAAGAACUGCGCCACGUUCUGCUCGGGCUCAUUGUGCACCAACGUCAGCAGCUACAUAUGCACGACGGGUGCGGUCGGUCAAGACCAAUGCAUCGGCGAUGCCGGCGGGCCUCUGUUCUGUUACAAUCCGGGGGAGAGCAACUACUAUUUGGCCGGGAUCAUGGCUUUCGGCUCGGAGACCUGCGGCAACGGGCUGGGCGCCCAGAACACCAAGGUGUCCGUGUUCUUGCAGUGGAUUGCCGACAACUCACUGGCCGGUGACGUCAUCUUCGACACCACCGCGGUGGUGACGAAACCGCCGCCCCCGACCACCACUACCACCACCACAACGACGACGACGACACCGGCGACUACUACCGGUGCUACGCCCGCUGGCAGCUGCGGCCUGUCCGGAACCGGAGCCGCGGAUCCGUUUGGACUGGCCACGCAGUUCCGUUUCGGCUCCUUCGCUAAAUCGCGGGUGUCGGUGUUUCCUACGAUCGUGGGCGGGACGCUGGCGCAGUCCAAGGAGAUCUGCUAUCAGGCGGUCGUAAUAGUGCAGGUCAGCGCCGGCCUCGUCGACUACUGCGGCGGCGUGGUGGUCGGAAGUCGGACGAUUCUCACCGCCGGACACUGUCUGCAUAACGAUACCACCGGGGCGGCGCUGACGGAUCUCAGUCGUAUCUCGGUGUACGUCGGCGCCACGGCCUUCUUGCCGACGGUCGACACCACCGGCUGCGUGCAGCAGGGCACCGUGGCGCAGAUCAUCAACCGCGACGACUGGAACGCCAAUAACCUCGACAACGACAUCGGGAUGCUGGUGCUGGCCACGCCCCUCAACAUCGCCGGCAGCGGCGGCUGUGUGUGCACCGCCUGCUUGACGGACCGCCAGCCGGCCACGGGGGAGAGCUGCAUGAUUUCGGGAUACGGCGCGCAGACGCCGGACGAUAACGCCCCGCAACCGGAUGUCAUCUUCCUGUCGUGGGUGACGCAGCCCGUACUGGCGCAGAGCACCGACGGGACGUGCUACGUACUGAUUGACCCGGUAACCGGUUCGUUGACGAAUCUGAAUGAUUUUAUUUGUGCUGGCGGCCAGAACGGGAAGGACAGUUGCCAUGGCGACAGCGGCGGUCCGUUUAUGUGCUACGACCCGACGACGUCAUCGUACUACGUGGCCGGGUUAGUGUCCUUCGGGAACGAUCCCUGCGGGCAGACCAUCGGCAGCCAGUACACCAAAGUCGCCGCCUACCUCGACUGGAUCCAGGCCAACGCCCCGGCCGGCGACGUCACCAUCCGCCUGACCGGCGUCACCACCACUAGCCUCGCACCACCGGUCACCACGACGACUGCGGCUGCUCCGCCCGGGACGACGGUCAGCGGGGCGCCGGGGACCGGGACCACCGGCUCCUAUACCUACCCGGACAACGUCUACCCGGACUACUACCAGAUGACCGGAAGUCGGAAUAAGGGACUUCCGGCUAACAUGUUCGGCGGCUAACCAACAUCGGCGCUUAGCUUAAAUGAAGUUUUGCUGUUGUGAAUAAUAUCGCGUGUUUAUUUGUCCUUUACCAGAUCUGUUCGUUGCUUUAUUCGGCUAGUUGUUUCGAAAACGUCUCGGUUUACAUAAACAUAUCAAUUCACUCAAUCGUUUAUUAUUCAGAUGGCAUUCUGUGCAAA